GUGAUGUGGUGGUGGUGGCCGUGAACUACCGAUUAGGACCCUGGGGUUUCCUAUAUGCCGGCACCGAAGACGCAGCUGGAAAUAUGGGACUCUAUGACCAAUUGCUUGGACUUAAAUGGGUUAACGAAAACAUCGAGCAGUUCGGAGGCGACCCCAAGAAAAUCACCAUUUUUGGAGAGUCAGCCGGUAGUAUGUCGGUCGGCGCCCAUAUCUUAUCUCCCCUGUCUCGGGGUCUCUACCAGAGGGCUAUCUUGCAAUCUGGUGCUCCCAACUCGUACUUAGGCAGUGAAUCCAGAGAGCAGGGCUACAAAAAGACCUUAUUUUUAGCCGAAAGGUUAAACUGUAACACAGCUUCGGGCGCAGACAUCGUGGCCUGUCUUAAGCUCAAAACCACGGAACAGAUUCUGAAUGUAUCGAAAACCGCUCGAUUGGAUGCCAAGAGUUUUGAACCAAUUUAUGGCGAAGAGUUAAUGCCGAUUAAGGCUUCGGACGCCUUACAAAAUGGAGACUUUAAUAAAGACAUCGACCUCUUGUUCGGCACCGUUAGCGAAGAGGGCGCCCUCUUUGUUGAGUCUAUGUUUGAAGACAAAUUGAGUCCAGACAUCAAGAACCCGCCCAUCAAUGUGACCAUUUGUAAUCAAGUGAUAACUUUUAUGGUUAUGGCUUUCGGUGAGACAAUGGAUUACGGCAAAGAAGUGGCCGAUUUCUACCUCAAGGGCCUCAAAGACGACGAGUUCGACAAAUUGAGACAAGCGGUCGGCUAUGGGUUCGGCGACUAUCAUAUCGCGUGUCCGACAGUACUCUUCGGGCGAGAGUUUGCACUCCACGGCAAAGGAAAGGCCUACGCUUUCAGACUGACAUACCCGCCCACAAUACCAGUGUUCCAGAUGUGUAAGGGAUGGAUGGGUGACUGUCACGGCGAUGAUGUGCUCAUACUGUUUGGCUUUCCUAUUAAACUCAGAGGCAUUACAUUCACGGAAACUGAUUAUAAGAUCGCUCGCGAU